CUUUACAUCCAAUUCCACGGCUAAAGAAAUGAAAAUUUUUAGAACACAAUAAGCAACGUCAACGGCUAAUUUCACUUUGUUCAGGAUUCCGCAAUUGUUUUAUAAAUGCAUUAUGAUUUUUUUGAUCAUAAUUAAAAUGACUCAUACACACCCCCAAUGGUAUUCCUUUUGACUGGUAUUCUGAUACUGCAUUUUCAUCUAUUUGCCAAACUCCAACUAAUUGGCAUAAAUUCCUAACAUUUUUAGUUUGACCACAAGUUUGCAAUUUAUUAUCUAAAUAAUCAACUAGAAUACAUGGUGAAAAAUUUGUAUACAUGGCUGGAUUAAGUCCAUAUACAGGGGACAUGCACACUGACUGUUAUGUCGUCUAUUACCUAAAGAUGCAUGUCGUAAAUAAAGAAUUUCGACAUGUCGAAAAUAUCGAAAAAAAUAAACAAUUCGUCAAUGCAAAUCAAAAUGUAAUAAAUAAAAAAAUUGAUUCAUGUGUUUUCGAACAAAAUAAAGUGAGAAUAAUAUUUAAGAAGAAUGAAGGUCGCACGUAUAUUGACUUACAAGAGUUGUCAUCAAGUUUUACGUUCAUCAAUAAGAACGAAUUGCAAAAGUACUCUAAUUUUGGAUUAGUAACGCCAGAAAAUACGUGUCCAGUUAGUGUUGGUACAGCUGAUACUAUAAUUUCAGAUAUAGAUGAACCAUUAAAACAAUUGUUACAGUAUUCAAUACCUGAACAUUUACCUGAAUCCACAACAUCAACUCCCUACUCAACAACAUAG